AUGUGUCCGCGUAGCAAGUUCUGUGAUGAUAAAGCUAUGUUCACUUUUUCGUUGCUAGGAAAUCCUCAUUGCUGGCCCUUCGGAGCUAUUCUCACAGCAGUCUGCAUUGUAGCAACAGCAGUACUCCUCGUCGUGUUGUCCAUGGCCGUGAAGAAAGCACUACGGAAAGGUGACUCUCAAUCCACACCGAAAUCGCGCAACCAGCGCCCAGAGUUCCGCACUCUUGUGGACAUGCGACCAUCACAGUUCGUUGUGAUUGCGCUACUUGCUCUGACAACAAUACCUCCAGACACGCUCGCCUGUCAGGAGACACAUAUGCGUCACAGCGCGGAGCUUAUUUGUAACGAUUCAAAUAUGUGCACGAUCGAGUAUGAGCGAGAAUUUCUCUUCAACAAGCUCCACAGAGAGGCAUGCGUGUACCUGAAAUACCGGAAUCAAACCAUCGGUAACCUCAACAUAACUGUAGAGAAGACACGUCAAAAUUGCAACAAAGAAACGCUCUUCUAUACCAGAGACACAUCACCAAGAGUAUUCUCUGAAAAAAGAUGUCCGUUCAUGGGUUCCUGUCAUGGGGACACGUGUUUCAAUCUCCGAACAAAUGAUAGUGUUCCCGAACUGCGUGAAGCAGAAGUGUAUCCCGGCUACUCUAAAUGCAGCGAGACAUGCGGAGGUAUCAUAUGUGGAUGCCUAGGUCUUCCGCUUACAGGAUGUCUGUUUUAUCGGGUUGCUCACAUACCUCUAGAUAACGAUGUGUACCACGUAUAUAGGUGUCCUUCAUGGAACCCCGAAGUUCACGUAAGAAUUCGGUCCACAAUCGCUGGCAAAAAAACAGCCCAAUCUGUUCAACUUCACCCUUAUGUCCAGGUCAAUGUGACAGGAUGGAAUAUGAGAGCGGCCAAAACAACAAUCCACUGCUACUCGAACAAGCCUCGUGAAUUGGCAUUAGACUGCUCAUAUCAAACGUUUCUCCUUAAGUGCUCAACAACAAGCGAAGCAAACCAUCUCAAGCUCGAAUACAACCGCGCGCAAGUACAAGAUCGCUGCCGAUAUCAGUGUGGAGCGCAAACACACGAUAUUCUCCUAGCGGGAACUUUACUGUAUCAUAGCACUGUAACCGACGACGAAAUUUUCGACGGAUCGAGUAAAAAGGUGAAUGGCAGCUUUUGGGAGCAUUUCUCAAUCCCAGAUAUCACCCCGCUCAUGAUGACUUUCGCACUGCAUUGGAAAAUUGCACUAAGUGUGAUAGCAGCUUUCGCAAUACUUGCCCUUCUGAUCUACGCCUUUGGUCCUUCCGUUAUCUUAGCCUUCAUCAAAGUAAUCACUGCAAUCGUCGAGCUGCUUGUACGCACACUGCUCGCUUGUCUGGACGGCGCCCUCAGAGCUUGCCUCCAAAGAACAGCCAAUGACUCAACGAGACAGUAG